CCUAAGUUACCCUGUGAAGUCCAUGUUUUAAAUCAGACAUGCUGGGGUGAGCAGUAACCAUCAACCAGCAAGAAAGUUUUAACCUUGGGAGAGCAGUUUCCCCAGAGAUAAGCAGGAACUGAUCUGUUUUCUCUGAGGUGGGCCUGGAGUCUCAUUUUGAUUCUGUGCCCUGCUGCAUCUCUCAGUCCAGCAUCUCUGAGGCCCUUUUUAUGAGACACAUGCAGAUAUUUUUUUUCUUAAUAGCAAAGCUGUAUGUACUGAUCACCACUUACACCCACACAAGCCAGGCCCCAUGGCAGGGGCUGAAUGCAUAGUACAGUCAGUCUUUGUUCCUGUACAGUCAACCUUCAUUCUGUUGAAUUUCAGACAUUGUUUCUCUCCAAUGGCAGUUUGCUGAGGCGAAAGGCACAGCGAAUGCCUAGCAGGUGUUCCCCUGAUGCAUUCUGGGGAACUGUUUCCCUCUUUGUCUGACCAUUGAAGCCAUGUAACAGCUUCCCCCGCCAGGAAAGGGCACAGCAGCACUUUUAACCAGGACCCUGGGGAUUGUUUGAGUCUUGCUUGUCAGGAGAGCACAACGUGGUCUCCUGGACUGCCGAUGUUCUUCUGAAAACUGCAGUGCUCCAAACUGCAGCGCUCAAAGAAGCAGCCGCCUCGGGGCUUGGAGCUUGGUCUCAAACCUACUUCCAGAUCCACAGUGUGACUGGCGGCGAGCAGCCUGAGGAGAGCAGGUUUGUUCCGUGGCUCAUUGCAAAUCGUUGACUCUCAAAGAUGAAGAGGAACCUGGUCUGUUGGUCGUUCAUCGCCUUCCUCACACUGCUGAGCCGGGCCUGGGCCCUGGCAUGUGGGGAACAGGAGUACCGGACUGUGGAGGGGGGCUGUGCCCCUUGUGUGGGGUGUCCCCCCGGAGAAGAGCCUGAUAGGAAGUGCGGCUCUGGGCAAGGCCUAGGAAUGUCCUGUCAAGCCUGCUCUCCGGGCACCUUCUCGGCCAGCCACAGCCUGGCCCCCUGCUCGCCUCAGACCCACUGUGAGGCCAGGAAGAGGGUCCGCGCCAGCCCUGGGACAGCUGCAGCAGACAGCCAGUGUGGAGGCUGCAUGCCAGGGUUUUACAGCCCUGAAGGAGAGAUGGACCCAACAGCUGAAUGCCUGCCCUGCUCCUCUGCUCCCCAAAGCAUGCCAGGCUGCCCAGAGCCAAAGCCGUGGCUACCCCGUCUGGUGAGGAAUGUGGAGGCCCGGCACAGACGGGACGAGAGGGCGGCGUCCAACGGCACGCGGGAGGGGAAGCGGGAGGAAAAGGCCACGCAGUAUGCCGUGCUGGCCAUCGUGCCAGUCUUCUGCCUCAUGGGCCUGCUGGGCAUCCUCGUCUGCAACCUCCUGAAGAAGAAGGGCUACCACUGCACGGCCCACAAGGAGACGGAUGAGGAGAUGGUGAAGGUGGAGAGAGGCGGUAAUAACUCUGCCUACAGAAUAGAAGACGCGAACGAAGACACCAUCGGGGUCCUGGUGCGGCUGAUCACGGAGAAGAAAGAGAACGCUGCUGCCCUGGAGGAGCUGCUGAAGGAGUACCACAGCAAACAGCUGGGGCAGGCCAGCCACAAGCCGGCUCCCAGCAAGCUGCACUUCCUACCGCACAUCCCCCACAUCUGUCGGCACCAGCACCACCUGCACACGGUGCAGGGCCUGGCCACUCGCUCGGGCCCCAGCUGCACGCGCUGCUGCCAGAGGAAGUGGCCGGAGGUGCUGCUUUCUCCAGAAACUGCAGCCACUGCCGCGGCCUCCGUCAUCACCACGACCGCCAGCGCCAAGCCGACAAAGCCGGGCGGCAAGGCCGGCAGGCCGGGCGAGAUCACCAUCCUCUCCGUGGGCAGGUUCCGCGUGGCUCGCAUCCCCGAGCAGAAGCCCAACCCACCGGAAGUAAAAACCAUCUUGGAGGGCGGUGGAGCCGAGCCGACUGACUCCCCCUGCAGCCGCCUCUCCGCCGAGCAGAAACCGCUGGUGGGCAGCGGAACCAGGUCAAAGUGGCUGAAAACAACCGACAGCCAACAAGAGGUGAUCAUCUGACUCCCUCAUGCGCCAGGAGACCUGAAAAGCAGCUUCUGGUUGAACUGUCCCCCCGAGAAACGCACACCCUGGGCGAUGCUGAAGGCGAAGAGUGACACCCAUUUUCCUCCGCCACCCUAGAGAAUCGCAAGCGCAGCCCCCGGUACCAGGGCUGGCAGGGAGGAGCAGACGGACACACCUAGCACCUCAAAGCAUUUUUCUUUUCGGGAAAGACUUGUGGGGAGGGGAGGGGGGCGGGGAGGGCUUGAGGGGGGCUGGAACAAUUUGCAUAGUGGGGGCGCUGCUGCUGGACCAACAGUACACCCUGCAGACAAUGGAAACCACAUCAAGCCAGCGCCUCUAGCCCCAGCACUUCUGGGAGGGAUGGGGGAUUCUUAGCCGCCCAGCUGGAAACCCCACGUUGUAGUCUUUAAAGUCCGAGGAGCUAUUGCUCCAGCAGAGGGCGGUGUUCUUAAAAUGGGGACUGCGGGGGAGAGGCAGCUAGAGUGUGGGGGGGGAUUGUCUGCCAGCGGUGGGUAGGGUGAAUUUGGUUUUC